GCUGAAACCAUGUGAUCGUUCCCUACUUCGUGCCCCCACGUCCCCGACUCCCACUCAGACGGGCAUCGACGACGACGACGACGACGGCAUGUCGCACCUCGGCUAUAACAUCUCGUAUGACCACUAUGCGCGCCAUCCAUCCUCGUCGCCUGUAAUGCACAGGGCCGUCGUCCCUAGCUCCAACGCAAGCACAGGCGGUGGUCCCACGCCCUUCAAGGCCCCUGCCCACAAACAUGCCCACCAUUUGCACUCGAUACCUCCACGCGAGAAGUCGACAAGGACGCUGAUUAUUGACCAUCUACUAUGGGUCCAUGCUCGUACACGGUUUGCGCAGGCCCGCGCAGAGCUAGGCAUGACAGACCGCACAGGCGGACCCUCGUCGAGCAACUAUGCGCAUCGUGCGCGGCCAGAGAACUACGAGGAGACCGAGGAGGUAUACAGCGACGGUGAGGAGGUCACACAUCUGCAGGCGCGGGCAGGCGGUCCAGGACAUACUCAUGGGGAAGAGGAGGAUGAACGCUUCGAUAUGCAGGACCUCACGCUCGCGCGCUCGCUGAGACAGCGCGCGGAAGCGGUGGAGAAGGUCGCGACGUCCAUGCUUGACCAGCCCCCAGAGGUCCCACCCAUACACCCGGACGACCUGUUGGAUCCCCCUACAUCUCCCCAGCUGCGUCCCCAAGUCCGACAGCGACAUCCACACAAGCUGCCCAAUGGCGUCCGAUUGCGUCUCACCCUCGCCACGGUGAUCAACGACCUAUUCUCUCGGAAAGCGCCCACACCUCCAGUUCGCACCCCAGGCUCUGCACCUUCUGCCCCUCCUCCCGUGUCUACCUUCCCGUCCGCCCUCAUCCCGCUCAGCGCUAUAUCAUCCGGCGCCAACCCCGAUCACCCCAGGCUCAUCCCUAACCAAUACAUCCGCUCGUUGUACGACAUUGGUGCCGACCCCGACACCCAGAACUCGCCACCCUCCCUCCGCUGUCCUCGGCACCUGCACAUGGGCUGCGAGAUCUGCGUGGAAGCGAAGGCUCCGCCCCCUCGCAUGGGCCAGAAUCGAACACGCACCGGCCAAGGGCGAGCAGGAUCCACGACGGGCAGCAGUCCCGGCGAUCCACCUCCCAGUGGUGUGCCCGGGAGCAAUGGUCUCGUCGGCGGUGUGACAGGAUGGCUGGACGGUAGUGGGAUUGGGUCCGGUCUCGCGCGGCCAGGUCCCCAGGGCACGGUUCUGCGGAGGCCAACCGACGCUCGUGAAGCAGUGUAUGCGACUAACAACGAGGACGGGACGCCGCAGAUGUUCAACACGAAACUCGCCGAGCUAAUUGUGCGCUUCAUGCGCCUCAGCGCACUCGUGGCAGUGGAGCUUGGGAGAGAGGCGACGGAAGACAGGGCAUCUGUCGAUGGCGGGGACAACCGACGAGACGAAGAGGGAGGUCAGGGUGCAGGGCCGUCCGCAGCAGGAUCCUCGAACCAUACUGGACGUCCUCCGUCAUCCCCGCAGACGUCUCCGCGGACGCUGACACAGCGCAACCUUGCGGAAGCUGGAUUAUACUACUACGCCUUGCGACCAUCACGCGAGUGGUACUACUUGUUCGCGGGUCUGCUCACCCGCACCGUCUUCGAGGGAUAUAUGACAGCAGGAUGGCGUAGUACAGAACCUCUUGAAUUGCUCCUAGGCGUUGGCUUGGGCACAGGCCUGGAGCCAGGUGAUCGUUCACAGGGCGCUGCGAGGUCAAGAGACGCCACAACGAAUGGUGCGAAUCAUGGCGACCCCAACGAGGAGGAAGAGGAAGAAGAGGAGGACGAGUUCAGGAGGCUUGAUCCCGACGAUCUCCCUGACCUCGACGAGGCAGCGCGUGUACUGUUCCCUUCGCUGAGGGAUCCGGUCACUGGGGCGUCUGGGGCACUCCGGAGGGAAGGUGCAGAGCUGGAAUACGAGAUAGAAAUGCGAGAGCGUCUGCAGCGUUUCUAUGAUGUUCCCCCGUCGACGCCGGACCUGGCGACUCACAUGGAGGAUCUUCAGUGGCAGUUUCCUGCGGAGGCUGUUGAGCGCGCUGCUGUACGUUUCUGCGAAGCUAUCGCGCGGUGGCGGGGAAAGCCUGAGCUCGAGACGUACAAGAAGGCUCCAUGGAUCGUCAGCCAGCGAGAGCGCAGGGCAAGCGGGGCCGCCAUGUCCAUCGAUGCGCUCGUGCACUCGAACCCUACCAGCCCUUCGAAUAGCUAUGCUACCCCUCCGAACAGGCAGCCAUCCACACAGCAAUUUAGGUCAGAGCCGAGACAGCGCAAGCCCCCCAUCGAAAAGUAUUUCACCCAACCACAAUCGCUCAUCAUGCAGGGCCGUAAACGACGUCGGUCGGACGAGGAUCGUGGAGAUGAAGGACGGAGGCUUCCGCCGGCUGUGUUCACUUGAAGCGAACAUCGCAAGCUAGGAAUCGGGCCGUCAGUGAAUCUGUUGUAUUGUAUACAUAUCCGUGCGAGUCUUACUGUAAGUGCUGUGUGUCUGGGGUCGAUGUAUAUUAGUAUGUAGUACACGACAGGUUUUGUUGUUAUCGAGGCGUUACCUUUGUGCACCUUGACGCGACGUUUGAUAACGAUGAUUGCAGGACAUGAUUGAGUAUCAGUAUGUACACUGUACAGUAGGCAUGUCAAUCUAUCGCGACCGCCGCCACCGCUGGCCAUGGAGGUUCGACGCGGU